AUGGCCACCCCUAGUGUCCUAGCCUUUGACGCCGAGGGUCGCGCCAUUGAUUUUGAGGUCUGGCUAGAUGACCUGCAGCUUUUCUUACAGUGCGACAGAGCUGACAGCCUUUCUCUCUUUGACCUCACCUCUGGCGCCUCUCCCGCUCCUGCUGCCGAUGCUGAUCCCACUGUCCGCUCUCAGUGGGCCACCCGCGAUGCUGCUGCACGUCUUGCUGUGCGUCGCCACCUCCCUACCUCUGAGCGUGCGCAUUUUAGUCAGUACAAGAGUGCUCAGACCUUGUACGACGCUGUAGUUGCGCGCUACUCCUCUCCUGCCACUGCUGCACUGAGCCUCGCGCGCCUCCCUGACUCCCUCCACGUAGUCAGGGACCACUUUCUGGCAGUCUGUCCCACCACUCUCACCGUCGACCUCCUUGAGAAGGCCCUCCUCGCAGCGGAGAAGAGCAUAGUCGCUGUAGGUGCCUCUCGUGGUGACCCUCGCACCCCCAUCUUUGAGGGGUGCUCUCCUUCCCCCUUGCUGCCCUCUGUUGCCUCUGCUGCCGCGGCCGACCUGCUUGGUCUUGAGUCGGUCGGCGCGGCGUCUGCCCCUAGUGGGAGACGUCGCUCUGGCAAGGGCAAAGGGGGCAAGGGCGCGGGCGGAGCUGGAGGGGGCGGUGGCGGUGGCGGCGGGGGCGGCGGAGGGAGUGGGGGUGGCGGCGGGAGUAGUGGUAGUGGUGGUGGUGGUGGUGGCAGCAGCGGCGGAGACGGUAAUGGUGGUGGCACCGGUGGUGGUGGAGGCGGCAGCGGGAGUGGAGGCGGUGGAGGUGGAGGCGGUGGAGGUGGAGGCGGUGGAGGCGGCGGCGGAGGAGGCGGUGGUGGUGGAGGAGGUGGAGCUGGUCGUGGUGGUACCCAGCAGCGGAGCGGCGGUGGUGGUGGCCAGCGCUCGCAGCGGCAGCAGCAGCAGCGUUCGCGGGGACAUCCCUCCGCCUCAGCAGCUUCUGAGGAGAAUGAGGGUUACCGGUGUUUCCAGCCCGACCCGGGCAUUGGUACUGCUGCACUAGGUCCUUGUGAGGCUGCUGCUCUAGGUGCCAGUGCGUCUGCGCUCUCAGGUACUAGUGAGACUGCGCUCUCAGGUGCUGGUGAGACUGCGCUCUCAGGUACUGCGUCGCCCUCGUCCUCCCUCACUUUCACACUUGACUCUGGGGCUUCUCGCUCCUUCUUUCGAGACCGCACUACCCUCACGCCGCUUGGCCGACUGGUUGCGGUCUCCCUUGCUGACCCCUCUGGGGGUCCUGUCCUGUCUCACUUCUCCACUGUCCUCCCGUGUCCGGCUGCCCCUUCGGGCACCCUGUCUGGUCUGUACCUUCCCUCGUUCUCUACGAACUGGGUGAGUGGUGCGGACCUACAGGAUGCAGGGGUUCACCAAUUCACUCCUGCGAGGCGGCGGGUGACCCACUGCACGGACGCAGACACAGGCCGACACCUGGCCACCUUUUCGCGUCGGCCGGGGUCGAGUCUCUACACCCUGACCACUUCGUCUCCUCCUGUCCCUGUGUCUGGUCGGGUAGCUGCGUCAGGUCAGGUGUUUGCUGCUGCGUCCCGGUCAGGUCCUGAGUCUGCCCCCUGUUCUUGUCGCCUCCUGUCUCACGAGACUCUCCUGUGGCACCACCGUCUUGGCCACCCCUCCUUGCCCCGUCUUCGGAGCAUGGCUUCCCGUGUCCUUGUCUCUGGUCUUCCCCAGUCUCUCCCUCCUCUCCCCUCCGGGCCAGGACCUUCCUGUGUCCCCUGUGUCGAGGGUCGCCUCCGGGCUACUCCUCACUCCUCCCACUUCCCCCCGACAGAGGCUCCCCUGCAGACGCUUCACAUGGAUGUGUGGGGCCCAGCCCCCGUCCGUGGGCAGGGUUACGAGCGCUACUUCCUGUUGGUGGUUGACGACUACUCGCGUUACACCGCAGUCCUCCCCUUGCGCAGCAAGGGUGCGGUCACUGAGGUGCUGAUCGACUGGAUCCGCGAGGCUCGUCUCCAGCUCAGGCAGAGCUUCGGCUCGGACUUUCCUGUUCUGCGUCUGCACUCUGACAGAGGCGGAGAGUUCUCUUCUCGCCUUCUGCGAGACUACUGUCGUGCACAGGGGAUCCGCCAGACCUUCACGCUUCCGGACUCACCUCAGCAAAAUGGGAUUGCUGAGCGCCGCAUUGGCAUGGUCAUGGAUGUCGCUCGUACGUCCAUGAUGCAUGCGGCUGCCCCCCAUUUUCUGUGGCCGUUUGCGGUGAGGUACGCGGCGCAUCAGCUCAACCUUCACCCCCGGGUCUCUCGGCCUGCGAUGUCCCCAGUCUUGCUGUGGACGGGGAAGGUUGGCGAUGCGUCUGUGUUCCGUGUCUGGGGAUCUCGGGCGUUUGUCCGCGACUUGUCUGCGGACAAGCUGUCCCCUCGUGCUGCUCCCUGUGUCUUCCUUGGCUUCCCCACUGACGCCCCAGGGUGGCAGUUUUACCACCCCUCCUCUCGUCGUGUUCUGUCCUCCCAGGACGUCACGUUCGACGAGUCAGUCCCCUUCUACCGUCUCUUCCCCUACCGCACUCCUUCCCUUCCCCCUCCCCCGGACUUCCUUGUGCCGGUUCCCCCCCCGGUAGACCCCCUCCCCCCUCAGGUUCCUGCUCCCUCAGGUGUGUCCCAGGUAGACGCCGUUGACCCGGUCGAGGUUACUGGUGACUCUGGUGCUGCUGCGGGUACUGAGCCUGGGGGUGCUGACUCUGGGGGUGCUGUCCGCGGGGGUGCUGAGCCUGGAGGAGCUGCUGCUGGGGGUCCUGAGCCUGGGGGUGCUAGUGCGGAGGGUGCGGAGCCUAGGGGUGCUGCGCCGGGGGGUGCUGUCACUGGAGGUGCUGGGUCUGGGGGUGCUGUGUCUGGAGCUGCUGAGCCUGGGGGUACUGCGUCUGGAGCUGCUGCGCCUGGGGUUUCUCCUGCGGCUCAGCCUCCCCGGGAGCCUCUCUCUUCACAGGAGCUGCGCGAGUGGUUCGCUCGCCGUUGGAGGCGUGCUGCCGAGUCUGGGGGUGCUGCUGGAGCUGGAGCUGGACCUUCUUCGCCUGACGAGGGUGCUGGUGCUGCCGGUCCCGGAGCUGCUGGGCCUGCGGGUCCUCCUGGCGCUGGCGCUGCUGAGGGUGUUGGAGCUGAGACUGCUGCUGUUGGUCCUGCUGCUGGAGGAGUUGGUGGCCCUGGUGCUGUCGCUGAGGGUGCUGGAGCUGUCCCUGCUGCGCCUGGAGCUGCUGAGCGGCCUCGACCGUACUUCGUUCCGCUCCUGCAGCAGGUUCUUGGUCUUUCUCCUCCAGUAGAGAGUCCACCGCCUGUCCAGUCGCAGUCCCUGCUGGAGCCUUCCUCUCCGCUACCUGCUCCCUCUCCUUACACUGGUCCUACUGGAGGUCUUGCUGAGCGUCGUGAGCCUGCGUCUCGUCCUGCGUCGCUUGUUCGUCCUGCUCGCGCUACUGGUCGCGGUUCGCGUCAGCGUCCUCCUCCUGUCCCUGGCACGCACCAGAUGUCUUUGCGUCCGUCCACUGCUCCUCUGCGUGCCCCUUUGCCUUCUCCUCCUGAGUCCUCUCUUCCUGCGCUUGCCGACCCUGGGUCGGACUCUCUUCGUGCUGCCAGUCCUACUGUCACGCGUCUGCUUGCUACUGUCGUCACUGACCCCUCUUUUGAGUCCACUGCUGCGUCUGCUCUAGUCGCUGAGCUUGUCGACUUUGCUGCUCGCUGUCGCUUAGACUACGCUGCUAGUCUUGUUGCUGAGUCUGCGUCUGUCUGUCCUCCGUCCGUCGGGGGUGAGUGUGCUCUUGGCACGGACGUCCUAGAGGACAGGCAGGAGGAGUUACAGUGUCUAGCGGCUGCUUCACCUCAUCUCGCGUCUGUACUGCUUGCCCCUGAGGGAGACCCGGAUGCACUAGACAUCCCGACUCCGCGCUCUUACGCGGAGGCUGUAGAGGGUCCCUACUCCUCUCAGUGGCAGGCAGCUAUGGAUGCAGAGAUGGCUUCCUGGAAGUCCACAGGCACCUACGUUGACGCAGUUCCCCCUCCUGGGGCGAACAUCGUCAGUGGCAUGUGGAUCUUCAGAGUGAAGCGGCCGCCGGGCUCUCCGCCUGUCUUCAAGGCGCGUUACGUCGCUCGUGGCUUCAGUCAGCGGCAGGGAGUUGACUACUUUCAGACCUUCUCUCCCACUCCGAAGAUGACCACUCUUCGGGUGUUGCUACACGUUGCCGCUCAGCGCGACUACGAGCUUCACUCUCUCGACUUCAGCACUGCGUUCCUGCAGGGUAGCCUGCACGAGGAGAUCUGGCUGCGCCGUCCGCCUGGCUUCACUGGGACUUUCCCUCCUGGCACCCAGUGGAGCCUCCGACGGCCAGUCUACGGUCUCCGCCAGGCACCGCGUGAGUGGCACGACACACUGAGGACUACGCUUGCGGCUCUUGGGUUUGCUCCUUCCACUGCUGACCCGUCGCUGUUUCUUCGCACCGACACUUCCUUGCCGCCGUUCUACAUCCUCGUGUACGUCGACGACUUGGUCUUUGCCACAGCGGACACUGCUGGACUCGCCUACGUGAAGUCCGAGCUGCUGAAGAGACACACGUGUACAGACCUGGGUGAACUGCGCAGCUACCUUGGCUUGCAGAUCACUCGGGACAGAGCACGCCGCACCAUUACCCUGACUCAGUCACACAUGGUGCAGCAGGUCCUUCAGCGCUUCGGCUUCACGUACUCCUCGCCUCAGGCCACUCCUCUGCCUACUCGCCACUCGCUCUCAGCUCUGCCUUCGGAUGAGUCCGUAGAGUCGAGUGGCCCGUAUGCAGAGCUUGUUGGCUGCCUCAUGUACCUAAUGACCUGCACACGACCUGACCUUGCAUACCCUCUGAGCAUCCUUGCACGCUAUGUUGCUCCUGGGAGACACCGACCAGAGCACAUGGCUGCAGCGAAGAGGGUAUUGCGCUACCUGUGCAGUACGUCGGGCAUGGGGCUAGUGCUUGGAGGGCGGAGUCCAGUGGUCCUUACGGGCCACGCGGACGCUUCUUGGGCUGACGACCAGGCUACGCAGCGGUCGUCACAGGGUUACACCUUCAGCCUUGGUUCCGGCUCUGUCUCGUGGCGGUCUACUCGCUCGUCUUCGGUUCUCGGCUCCAGUUGUGAGGCUGAGAUCUACGCCGGGGCCAUGGCUGCACAGGAGCUUCGCUGGCUCACCUACCUGCUGACUGACCUUGGAGAGCCGCCUCGUUCUCCUCCAGUGCUGUACGUAGACAACAAGGCCAUGCUGGCCUUGUGUCGUGAGCAGCGUCUGGAGCACAGAACGAAGCACAUUGCUCUCCGCUACUUCCUUGCUCGUGAGCUGCAGCAGCGUGGUCAGCUGCGACUUGCGUACGUGGCCUCUGAGGCCAACACUGCUGAUGUGUUCACCAAGGCACUCGCGCCUUGUGACCAUCAGCGCUUCUGUACCCAGCUGGUCAUUUCAUUCCUCUUCUCAUUGUUUCACAUCCAUCACCCCUCCCAUUCUCCCUCUUUCCAUCACCCCGCCCCAUUCUCCUGCUUUCUAUCACCCCGCCCCAUUCUCCCUCUUUCCAUCACCCCGCCCCAUUCUCCCGCCUUCCAUCACCCCGCCCCAUUCGCCAUCUUUCCAUCACCCUGCCCAAUUCUCCCCCUUUCCAUCACCCCGCCCCAUUCUCCCGCCUUCCAUCACCCCGCCCCAUUCUCCCUCUUUCCAUCACCCCACCCCAUUCUCCCGCUUUCCAUCACCCCGCCCCAUUUUCCCGAUUUCCAUCACCCCGCCCCAUUCUCCCGCUUUCCAUCACCCCGCCCCAUUCUCCCGCUUUCCAUCACCCCGCACUAUUCUCCAGCUUUCCAUCACCCCGCCCCGUUCUCCCUCUUUCCAUCACCCAGCCCCAUUCUCCCGCUUUCCAUCACCCCGCCCCAUUCUCCCGCUUUCCAUCACCCCGCUUUAUUCUCCCUCUUUCCAUCACCCCGCCCCAUUCUCCCGCAUUCCUUCACCCCGCCCCAUUUUCCCUCGUUCCAUCACCCCGCUCCAUUCUCCCGCUUUCCAUCACCCCGCCCAAUUCUCCCUCUUUCUAUCCCCCCUCCCCAUUCUCCCUCUUUCCAUCACCCCGCCCCAUUCUCCCGCUUUCCAUCACCACGCCCCAUUCUCCCUCUUUCCACCACCCUGCUCCAUUCUCCCUCUUUCCAUCACCCCGCCCCAUUCUCCCGCUUUCCAUCACCCCGCCCCAUUCUCCCUCUUUCCAUCACCCCGCUCCAUUCUCCCGCUUUUCAUCACCCCGCCCAAUUCUCCCUCUUUCUAUCACUCCUCUCCAUUCUCCCUCUUUCUAUCUCCCCGCCCCAUUCUCCCGCUUUCCAUCACCCCGCCCCAUUCUCCCUCUUUCCAUCACCCCGCCCCAUUCUCCCUCUUUCCAUCACCCCGCCCCAUUUUCCCGCUUUCCAUCACCCCGCCCCAUUCUCCCUCUUUCUAUCACCCCGCCCCAUUCUCCCGCUUUCUAUCACCCCGCCCCAUUCUCCCGCUUUCCAUCACCCCGCUCCAUUCUUCCGCUUUCCAUCACCCCGCCCAAUUCUCCCUCUUUCCAUCACCCCUCCCCAUUCUCCCUCUUUCCAUCAACCUGCCCCAUUCUCCCGCUUUCCAUCACCCCGCCCCAUUCUCCCUCUUUCCAUCACCCCGCCCCAUUCUCUCGCUUUCCAUCACCGCGCCCCAUUCUCCCUCUUUCCAUCACCCGCCCCAUUCUCCCGCUUUCCAUCACCCGCCCCAUUCUCCCGCUUUCCAUCACCCCGCCCCAUUCUCCCGCUUUCCAUCACCGCGCCCCAUUCUCUUGCUUUCCAUCACCCCGCCCCAUUCUCCCGCUUUCCAUCACCCCGCCCCAUUCUCCUGCUUUCCAUCACCCCGCCCCAUUCUCCCGCUUUCCAUCACCCUGCCCCAUUCUCCCGCUUUCCAUCACCUCGUCCCAUUCUCCCUCUUUUCAUCACCCCGCCCGAUUCUCCCUCUUUCCAUCACCCCGCCCCAUUCUCCCGCUUUCCAUCACCCCGGCCCAUUCUCCCUAUUUCCAUCACCCCGCCCCAUUCUCCCACUUUCCAUCACCCCGCCCCAUUCUCCCUCUUUCCAUCACCCCGCCCCAUUCUCCCGCUUUCCAUCACCCCGCCCCAUUUGCCCUCUUUCCAUCACCCCGCCCCAUUCUCCCUCCUUCCAUCACCCCGCCCCAUUCUCCCUCUUUCCAUCACCCCGCCCCAUUCUCCCUAUUUCCAUCACCCCGCCCCAUUCUUCCGCUUUCCAUCACCCCGCCCCAUUCUCCAGCUUUCCAUCACCCCGCCCCAUUCUCCCGCUUUCCAUCACCCUGCCCCAUUCUCCCGCUUUCCAUCACCCUGCCCCAUUCUCCCGCUUUCCAUCACCCCGCCCCAUUCUUCCGCUUUCCAUCACCCUGCCCCAUUCUCCAGCUUUCCAUCACCCCGCCCCAUUCUCCCGCUUUCCAUCACCCCGCCCCAUUCUCCCUCUUUUCAUCACCCCGCCCCAUUCUCCCUCUUUCCAUCACCCCGCCCCAUUCUCCCUCUUUCCAUCACCCCACCCCAUUCUCCCUAUUUCCAUCACCCCGCCCCAUUCUUCCGCUUUCCAUCACCCCGCCCCAUUCUCCAGCAUUCCAUCACCCCGCCCCAUUCUCCCGCUUUCCAUCACCCCGCCCCAUUCUCCCGCUUUCCAUCACCCCGCCCCAUUCUCCCGCUUUCCAUCACCCCGCCCCAUUCUUCCGCUUUCCAUCACCCCGCCCCAUUCACCCGCUUUCCAUCACCCCGCCCCAUUCUCCCGCUUUCCAUCACCCCGCCCCAUUCUCCUGCUUUCCAUCACCCCGCCCCAUUUUCCCGCUUUCCAUCACCCCGCCCCAUUCUCCCGCUUUCCAUCACCCCGCCCCAUUCUCAAGCUUUCCAUCACCUCGCCCCAUGCUCCCGCUUUCAAUCACCCCGCCCCAUUCUCCCGCUUUCCGUCACCCCGCCCCAUUCUUCCGCUUUCUAUUACCCCGCCCCAUUCUCCCGCUUUCCAUCACCCCGCCCCAUUCUCCCGCUUUCCAUCACUUCGCCCCAUUCUCCCGCUUUCCAUCACCCCGCCCCUUUCUUCCUCUUUCCAUCACCCCGCCCCAUUCUCCCGCUUUCCAUCUCCCCGCCCCAUUCUCCCGCUUUCCAUCACCCCGCCCCAUUCUCCCGCUUUCCAUCACCCCGCCCCAGUCUCCCGCUUUCCAUCACCCCGCCCCAUUCUCCCUCUUUUAAUCACCCGCCCCUUUCUCCCUCUUUCCAUUACCCCACCCCAUUCUCCCUCUUUCCAUCACCCCGCCCCAUUCUCCCGCUUUCCAUCAUCCCGCCCCAUUCUCCCGCUUUCCAUCACCCCGCCCCAUUCUCCCGCUUUCCAUCACCCCGCCCCAUUCUCCCGCUUUCCAUCACCCCGCCCCAUUCUCCCGCUUUCCAUCACCCCGCCCCAUUCUCCCGCUUUCCAUCACCCCACCCCAUUCUCCUGCUUUCCAUCACCCCGCCCCAUUCUCCCGUUUUCCAUCACCCCGCCCCAUUCUCCCGCUUUCCAUCACUUCGCCCCAUUCUCCCGCUUUCCAUCACCCCGCCCCUUUCUUCCUCUUUCCAUCACCCCGCCCCAUUCUCCCGCUUUCCAUCUCCCCGCCCCAUUCUCCCGCUUUCCAUCACCCCGCCCCAUUCUCCCGCUUUCCAUCACCCCGCCCCAGUCUCCCGCUUUCCAUCACCCCGCCCCAUUCUCCCUCUUUUAAUCACCCGCCCCUUUCUCCCUCUUUCCAUUACCCCACCCCAUUCUCCCUCUUUCCAUCACCCCGCCCCAUUCUCCCGCUUUCCAUCAUCCCGCCCCAUUCUCCCGCUUUCCAUCACCCCGCCCCAUUCUCCCGCUUUCCAUCACCCCGCCCCAUUCUCCCUCUUUCCAUCACCCCGCCCCAUUCUCCCGCUUUCCAUCACCCCGCCCCAUUCUCCCGCUUUCCAUCACCCCACCCCAUUCUCCUGCUUUCCAUCACUCUGCCCCAUUCUCCCGCUUUCCACCACCCCACCCCAUUCUCCCGCUUUCCAUCACCCCGCCCCAUUCUCCCUCCUUCCAUCACCCCGCCCCAUUUUCCCGCUUUCCAUCACCCCGCCCCAUUCUCCCGCUUUCCAUCACCCCGCCCAAUUCUCCCGCUUUCCAUCACCCCGACCCAUUCUCCCUCUUUUCAUCACCCCGCCCCAUUCUCCCUCUUUCCAUCACCCCGCCCUAUUCUCCCUCUUUCCAUCACCCCACCCCAUUCUCCCGCUUUCCAACACCACGCCCCAUUCUUCCUUCUUCCAUCACCCCGCCCCAUUCUCCCGCUUUCCAUCACCCCGCCCCAUUCUCCCUCCUUCCAUCACCCCGCCCCAUUCUCCCUCAUUCCAUCACCCCGCCCCAUUCUCCCGCUUUCCAUCACCCCGCCCCAUUCUCCCGCUUCCCAUAACCCCACCCCAUUCUCCCGCUUUCCAUCACCCCGCCACAUUUUCCCACUUUCCAUCACCCCGCCCCCUUCUCUCUCCUUCCAUCACCCCGCCCCAUUCUCCCUCCUUCCAUCACCCCGCCCCAUUCUCCCGCUUUCCAUCAGCCCGCCCUAUUCUCCCGCUUUCCAUCACCCCGCCCCUUUCUCCCGCUUUCCAUCACCCCGCCCCAUUCUCCCGCUUUCCAUCACCCCGCCCCAUUCUCCCUCUUUCCAUCACCCCGCCCCAUUCUCCCGCUUUCCAUCACCCCGCCCCAUUCUCCUGCUUUCCAUCACCCCGCCCCAUUCUCCCUUUUUCCAUCACCCCGCCCUAUUCUCCCUCUUUCCAUCACCCCGCCCCAUUCUCUCGCAUUCCAUCACCCCGCCCCAUUCUCCCGCUUUCCAUCACCCCGCCCCAUUCUCCCGCUUUCCAUCAGCCCACCCCAUUCUCCAGCUUUCCAUCACCCCGCUCCAUUCUCCCGCUUUCCAUCACCCCGCCCAAUGCUUCCUCCUUCCAUCACCCCUCCCCAUUCUCCCUCUUUCCAUCACCCCGCCCCAUUCUCCCUCUUUCCAUCACCCCGCCCCAUUCUCCCUCUUUCCAUCACCCAGCCCCAUUCUCCCUCUUUCCAUCACCUUGCCACAUUCUCCCUCUUUCCAUCACCCUGCCCUAUUCUCCCUGUUUCCAUCACCCCGCCCCAUUCUCCCUGUUUCCAUCACCCCGCCCCAUUCUCCCGCUUUGCAUCACCCCGCCCCAUUCUCCCUGUUUCCAUCACCCCGCCACGUUCUCCCGCUUUCCAUCACCCCACCCCAUUCUCCCCCUUUCCAUCACCCCGCCCCAUUCUCCCGCUCUCAAUCACCCCACCCCAUUCUCCCGUUUUCCAUCACCCCUCCCCAUUCUCCCUCUUUCCAUCACCCCGCCCCAUUCUCCCUCUUUCCAUCACCCUGCCCCAUUCUCCCGCUUUCUAUCACCCCGCCCCAUUCUCCCGCUUUCCAUCAUCCCGCUCCAUUCUCCCCCUUUCCAUCACCCCGCCCAAUUCUCCCUCUUUCCAUCACCCCGCCCCAUUCUCCCGCUUUCCAUCACCCCCCCCCAUUCUCCCGAUUUCCAUCACCCCGCCCCAUUCUCCCGCUUUCCAUCACCCCGCCCCAUUCUCCCGCUUUCCAUCACCCCGCCCCAUUCUCCCGCUUUCCAUCAUCCCGCCCCAUUCUCCCUCCUUCCAUCACCCCGCCCCAUUCUCCCGCUUUCCAUCAUUCCGCCCCAUUCUCCCUCCUUCCAUCACCCCGCCUCAUUCUCCCUCCUUCCAUCACCCCGCCCCAUUCUCCCGCUUUCCAUCACCCCGCCCCAUUCUCCCGCUUCCCAUAACCCCACCCCAUUCUCCCGCUUUUCAUCACCCCGCCACAUUCUCCCACUUUCCAUCGCCCCGCCCCCUUCUCUCUCCUUCCAUCACCCCGCCCCAUUCUCCCUCCUUCCAUCAGCCCGCCCCAUUCUCCCGCUUUCCAUCACACCGCCCCUUUCUCCCGCUUUCCAUCUCCCCGCCCCAUUCUCCCGCUUUCCAUCACCCCGCCCCAUUCUCCCGCUUUCCAUCACCCCGCCCCAUUCUUCCGCUUCCCAUCAUCCCGCCCCAUUCCCCCACUUUCCAUCACCCCUCCCUUUUCUCCCUCCUUCCAUCACCCCGCCCCAUUCUCUCGCUUUCCAUCACCCCGCCCCAUUCUCCCGCUUUCCAUCACCCCGCCCCAUUCUCCCGCUUUCCAUCACCCCGCCCCAUUCUCCCUCCUUCCAUCACCCCGCCCCAUUCUCCCGCUUUCCAUCACCCCGCCCCCUUCUCCCUCCUUCCAUCACCCCGCCCCAUUCUCCCUCCUUCCAUCACCCCGCCCCAUUCUCCCGCUUUCCAUCAUCCCGCCCCAUUCUCCCUCCUUCCAUCACCCCGCCCCAUUCUCCCUCCUUCCAUCACCCCAACCCAUACUCCCGCUUUCCAUCACCCCGCCCCAUUCUCCCUCCUUCCAUCACCCCACCCCGUUCUCCCGCUUUCCAUCAUCCCGCUCCAUUCUCCCCCUUUCCAUCACCCCGCCAAAUUCUCCCCCUUUCUAUCACCCCGCCCCAUUCUCCCUCUUUCCAUCACCCCGCCCCAUUCUCCCGCUUUCCAUCACCCCGCCCCAUUCUCCGUCUUUCCAUCACCCCGCCCCAUUCUCCCGCUUUCCAUCACCCCGCCCCAUUCUCCCUCUUUCCACCACCCCGCCCCUUUCUCCCUGUUUCCAUCACCCCGCCCCAUUCUCCCAUUUACCAUCACCCCACCCCAUUCUCACUCUUUCCAUCACCCCGCCCCAUUCUCCCUCUUUCCAUCACCCCGCCCCCCCCAUUCUUCCUCUUUACAUCACCCCGCCCCAUUCUCCCGCUUUCUAUCACCCCGCCCGAUUCUCCCGCUUUCCAUCACCCCGCCCCAUUCUCCCUCUUUCCAUCACCCUGCCCCAUUCUCCCGCUUUCCAUCACCUCGCCCCAUUUUCCCGCUUUCCAUCACCCCGCCCCAUUCUCCCGCUUUCCAUCACCCCGCCCCAUUCUCCCUCUUUCUAUCACCCCUCCCCAUUCUCCCUCUUUCCAUCACCCCGCUCCAUUCUCCCGCUUUCCAUCACCCCGCCCCAUUCUCCCGCUUUCUAUCACCCCGCCCCAUUUUCACUCUUUCCAUCACCGCGCCACAUUCUCCCGCUUUCCAUCACCCCGCCCCAUUCUCCCGCUUUCCAUCACCCCGCCCCAUUCUCCCGCUUUCCAUCACCCCACCCCAUUCUCCAGCUUUCCAUCACCCCGCUCCAUUCUCCCGCUUUCCAUCACCCCGCCCAAUUCUCCCUCUUUCCAUCACCCCUCCCCAUUCUCCCUCUUUCCAUCAACCUGCCCCAUUCUCCCUCUUUCCAUCACCCCGCCCCAUUCUCCCGCUUUCCAUCACCCCUCCCCAUUCUCCCUUUUUCCAUCACCCCGCCCCAUUCUCCCUCUUUCCAUCACCCCGCUCCAUUCUCCCGCUUUCCAUCACCCCGCCCCAUUCUCCCGCUUUCUAUCACCCCGCCCCAUUUUCACUCUUUCCAUCACCGCGCCACAUUCUCCCGCUUUCCAUCACCCCGCCCCAUUCUCCCGCUUUCCAUCACCCCGCCCCAUUCUCCCGCUUUCCAUCACCCCACCCCAUUCUCCAGCUUUCCAUCACCCCGCUCCAUUCUCCCGCUUUCCAUCACCCCGCCCAAUUCUCCCUCUUUCCAUCACCCCUCCCCAUUCUCCCUCUUUCCAUCAACCUGCCCCAUUCUCCCUCUUUCCAUCACCCCGCCCCAUUCUCCCUCUUUCCAUCACCCCGCCCCAUUCUCCCUGUUUCCAUCACCCCGCCCCAUUCUCCCGCUUUCCAUCACCCCGCCCCAUUCUCCCUGUUUCCAUCACCCUGCCCCGUUCUCCCGCUUUCCAUCACCCCACCCCAUUCUCCCCCUUUCCAUCACCCCGCCCCAUUCUCCCGCUCUCAAUCACCCCGCCCCAUUCUCCCGUUUUCCAUCACCCCUCCCCAUUCUCCCUCUUUCCAUCACCCCGCCUCAUUUUCCCUCUUUCCAUCACCCUGCCCCAUUCUCCCGCUUUCUAUCACCCCGCCCCAUUCUCCCGCUUUCCAUCAUCCCGCUCCAUUCUCCCCCUUUCCAUCACCCCGCCCAAUUCUCCCUCUUUCCAUCACCCCUCCCCAUUCUCCCGCUUUCCAUCACCCCGCCCCAUUCUCCCUCUUUCCAUCACCCCGCCCCAUUCUCCCGCUUUCCAUCACCUCGCCCCAUUUUCCCGCUUUCCAUCACCCCGCCCCAUUCUCCCGCUUUCCAUCACCCCGCCCCAUUCUCCCUCUUUCUAUCACCCCUCCCCAUUCUCCCUUUUUCCAUCAUCCCGCCCCAUUCUCCCUCUUUCCAUCACCCCGCUCCAUUCUCCCGCUUUCCAUCACCCCGCCCCAUUCUCCCGCUUUCUAUCACCCCGCCCCAUUUUCACUCUUUCCAUCACCGCGCCACAUUCUCCCGCUUUCCAUCACCCCGCCCCAUUCUCCCGCUUUCCAUCACCCCGCCCCAUUCUCCCGCUUUCCAUCACCCCACCCCAUUCUCCAGCUUUCCAUCACCCCGCUCCAUUCUCCCGCUUUCCAUCACCCCGCCCAAUUCUCCCUCUUUCCAUCACCCCUCCCCAUUCUCCCUCUUUCCAUCAACCUGCCCCAUUCUCCCUCUUUCCAUCACCCCGCCCCAUUCUCCCUCUUUCCAUCACCCCGCCCCAUUCUCCCUGUUUCCAUCACCCCGCCCCAUUCUCCCGCUUUCCAUCACCCCGCCCCAUUCUCCCUGUUUCCAUCACCCCGCCCCGUUCUCCCGCUUUCCAUCACCCCACCCCAUUCUCCCCCUUUCCAUCACCCCGCCCUAUUCUCCCGCUCUCAAUCACCCCGCCCCAUUCUCCCGUUUUCCAUCACCCCUCCCCAUUCUCCCUCUUUCCAUCACCCCGCCCCAUUUUCCCUCUUUCCAUCACCCUGCCCCAUUCUCCCGCUUUCUAUCACCCCGCCCCAUUCUCCCGCUUUCCAUCAUUCCGCUCCAUUCUCCCCCUUUCCAUCACCCCGCCCAAUUCUCCCUCUUUCCAUCACCCCUCCCCAUUCUCCCUCUUUCCAUCACCCCGCCCCAUUCUCCCGCUUUCCAUCACCCCGCCCCAUUCUCCCUCAUUCCAUCACCCCGCCCCAUUCUCCCGCUUUCCAUCACCCCGCCCCAUUCUCCCUCUUUCCACCACCCCGCCCCUUUCUCCCUGUUUCCAUCACCCCGCCCCAUUCUCCCGUUUUCCAUCACCCCACCCCAUUCUUCCUCUUUCCAUCACCCUGCCCCAUUCUCCCUCUUUCCAUCACCCCGCCCCAUUCUCCCUCUUUCCAUCACCCCGCCCCAUUCUCCCGCUUUCCAUCAACCCGCCCCAUUCUCCCGCUUUCCAUCACCCCGCCCCAUUUUCCCUCUUUCCAUCACCCCGCCCCAUUCUCCCGCUUUCCAUCACCCUGCCCCAUUCUCCCUCUUUCUAUCACCCCUCCCCAUUCUCCCGCUUUCCAUCACCCCGCCCAAUUCUCCCUCUUUCUAUCACCCCUCCCCAUUCACCCUCUUUCUAUCACCCCGCCUCAUUCUCCCGCUUUCCAUCACCCCGCCCCAUUUUCCCUCUUUCCAUCACCCUGCCCCAUUCUCCCACUUUCCAUCACCCCGCCACAUUCUCCCGCUUUCCAUCACCCCUCCCCAUUCUUCCUCUUUCCAUCACCCCGCCCCAUUCUCCCACUAACCGUCACCCCGCCCCAUUCUCCCGCUUUCCAUCACCCCGCUCCAUUCUCCCUCUUUCUGUCACCCCGCCCCAUUCUCCCGCUUUCCAUCACCCCGCCCCAUUCUCCCUCUUUCCAUCACCCCGCCCCAUUCUCCCGCUUUCCAUCACCCCGCUCUAUUCUCCCGCUUUCCAUCACCCCGCCAAAUUCUCCCUCUUUCCAUCACCCCUCCCCAUUCUACCUCUUUCCAUCACCCCGCACCCCACUCUCCCUCUUUCCAUCACCCCGCCCCAUUCUCCCGCUUUCCAUCAACCCGCCCCAUUCUCCCUCUUUCCAUCACCCCGCCCCAUUCUCCCGCUUUCCAUUACCCCGCCCCAUUUUCCCUCUUUCCAUCAGCCCGCCCCAUUCUCCUGCUUUCCAUCACCCCGCCUUAUUCUCCAGCUUUCCAUCACCCCGCUCCAUUCUCCCGCUUUCAAUCACCCAGCCCAAUUCUCCCUCUUUCCAUCAACCCCCCCCCCAUUCGCCCGCUUUCCAUCACCCCCCCCCCAUUCUCCCGCUUUCCAUCACCCCGCCCCAUUCUCCCUCUUUCCAUCACCCCGCCCCAUUCUCCCGCUUUCCAUGACCCCGCCCCAUUCUCCCUCUUUCCAUCACCCCGCCCCAUUCUCCCUCUUUCCAUCACCCCGCCCCAUUCUCCCUCUUUCCAUCACCCCGCCCCAUUCUCCCUCUUUCCAUCACCCCGCCCCAUUCUCCCUCUUUCCAUCACCCCGCCCCAUUCUCCCGCCUUCCAUCACCCAGCCCCAUUCUCCCUCUUUACAUCACCCCGCCCCAUUCUCCCGCUUUCUAUCACCCCGCCCCAUUCUCCCGCUUUCCAUCACCCCGCCCCAUUCUCCCUCUUUCCAUCACCUCGGCCCAUUCUCCCGCUUUCCAUCACCCCGCCCCAUUUUCUCUCUUUACAUCACCCCGCCCCAUUCUCCCGCUUUCCAUCACCCCGCCCCAUUCUCCCUCUUUCUAUCACCCCUCCCCAUUCUCCCGCUUUCCAUCACCCCACCCAAUUCUCCCUCUUUCUAUCACCCCUCCCCAUUCUCCCCUUUUCCAUCCCCCCUCCCAAAUCUCCCGCUUUCCAUCACCCCGCCCAAUUCUCCCUCUUUCUAUCACCCCUCCCCAUUCUCCCCUUUUCCAUCCCCCCGCCCCAUUCUCCCUCUUUCUAUCACCCCUCCCCAUUCUCCCUCUUUCCAUCACCCCGCCCCAUUCUCCCGCUUUCCAUUACCCCGCCCCAUUCUCCCGCUUUCCAUCACCUCGCCCCAUUCUCCCGCUUUCCAUCACCCCGCCCCAUUCUCCCUCUUUCCAUCACCCUGCCCCAUUCUCCCGCUUUCCAUGACCCCGCCCCAUUCUCCCGCUUUCCAUCACCCCGCCCCAUUCCCGCUUUCCAUCAACCCGCCCCAUUUUCCCUCUUUCCAUCACCCCGCCCCAUUCUCCCGCUUUCCAUCACCCUGCCCCAUUCUCCCUCUUUCUAUCACCCCUCCCCAUUCUCCCGCUUUCCAUCACCCCGCCCAAUUCUCCCUCUUUCUAUCACCCCUCCCCAUUCACCCUCUUUCUAUCACCCCGCCUCAUUCUCCCGCUUUCCAUCACCCCGCCCCAUUUUCCCUCUUUCCAUCACCCUGCCCCAUUCUCCGACUUUCCAUCACCCCGCCACAUUCUCCCGCUUUCCAUCACCCCUCCCCAUUCUUCCUCUUUCCAUCACCCCGCCCCAUUCUCCCACUAACCGUCACCCCGCCCCAUUCUCCCGCUUUCCAUCACCCCGCUCCAUUUUCCCUCUUUCUCCCGCCCCGUUCUCCUGCUUUCCAUCACCCCGCCCCAUUCUCCAGCUUUCCAUCACCCCGCUCCAUUCUCCCGCUUUCAAUCACCCAGCCCGAUUCUCCCUCUUUCCAUCAACCCCCCCCCCCAUUCGCCCGCUUUCCAUCACCCCGCCCCAUUCUCCCGCUUUCCAUCACCCCGCCCCAUUCUCCCUCUUUUCAUCACCCCGCCCAAUUCUCCCGCUUUCCAUGA